CCAAUUGGCAAUUGUCCAAUGUUGAAGAUGUUGAGAUUGUCAAACCAUGCUAACAAGUUCAUGCCAGGAGGAUCCUUCUCCAGAAUCGACUCCUUCCUUUGCAAGCGAUGGAAGGAUUUGGGAUACAGAAGUUGGGGGAUUUUAACGUCAUCGGGUCCAUUGUAUAAACCUCCAAUUCAACAGUGUGCAUGUCUUGCAACUGAUUCUCAGGAUAAGAAACCAUUCCCUUUUACGAGGCGUGCAAGAGAGAGGAUUAAAUAUCAGAAAAGCAACAAAACUCUGUUCGGACGGGAGAAAAUUCAGAGGAAUUUCUCAGAAUUGGAAGUGGAGAAUGACACUAGCUUAUCAGAGUGUUUGAAAAGUCUAGAUGAAAAUGAUCGGUUUGGGAUGCUACCCUCAGUCGAGGAGGGCAGUGGUGAUGUUAAGAGGAAGUCGGUUAAAAGUAAUAGAAGCUCGACUGGUUUAGAACGGAGUGCCAAAUCUAAUAAGCUUAAAUCUGGUGGAGGCGCGAAAUCUCAAACCCGCAAUUCCAGAUCAUCAUCUAAGUCUGUGAACUUGGAAGCAGCUGAUGCCACUGCCAAGAUUUUAGGAGUCGAUGGUAUGGCGGAUAAGUUUGGAAACUUUGAUGCAAAUUCACUGCACUCACGGAAAACAACGGAAUGGAAAUCAAUAGAUUCAAAGACCGAAACUUUUGGAAAUGAAUUUUCAAAUUCUUCGAUACACCUCAACAUUGGUGCAUCAGAUGAUGUACCACAACUCUCUAAUUCAAGUCCAGUAUCCCAAGAGUCUACUGAUGCUUUUGGCACCAUUGCUGAAGACUUUGAAAAGACGUUCCUCCGGCCAGGUCCCAUCACCAAGGCAAAUGCAGGGUUGAGGUCGGAGGAAGGUGCAGUAGCAGACGACGACUUCCACCUUCGACUAUCGAAAGACAACCGGAGGCACGAGCAGAACUGGUAUGAACGGCGCCUGGAGAAAUUAUCAAAGGACGGACAGGUUAUUGAAGCCUUGGACUUCCUGGAGAAAACCAUGAUAGAGAAAGACAGAGUGAUGCCCACAGCUUUUGCCUAUACUGUCGUGAUUGAUGCCUUGGCCAAAUAUGGCUAUCCAGAAGGCGCUUUCAGGCUAUUCAGAAAGAUGUUGGCAUACAAGUUGACACCACACGACCACACCUACACUGCCCUCUUUAACGCCUGUGCUAACUGCCCAGAUAAAGCAACGGGACGAAAAUAUGCCGAUCGGUUCAGAGAGACACUUGCCAAGAAGGACAUCCUUCCCAACAGAACAACAUACAAAGCUAUGAUGAAAGCGUUUGCGAUGUUCGGCGACUUGCAGGCGACGUUUGCGCUGGCCGACGAACUGUAUGAGAAGCGCGGGAGGAUUGAUCACGAUUCGUUCAGUCACAUGUUGAUGGGGGCGAUAUCGGAUGGGGCGGCGGGAUUCAAACAUGCUGUCGAGGUUUUCCGGUCUAUUAGGAAACAUGGCCUGACUCCAUCGAUUACCCAUUAUAACCUUCUGCUGAGAGCCAUGAGGGACUGUGGCGUAGGCUCCCAGGAGUUCCUCUAUCAACUCCUAGGGGGCGGUGCAUCAACAUCUAUAUCUAGUGGCGACAAAAUGGACCAGGAGCAGAUAUCACUUGAACGAAAUCUUCAAAAACGUAUUGGGGUUUCGAGCGGGGAGAAGUCAACGAUAAACGAAAAUGUUCCAGAAACUGAGUCGACAAUAAACAAGGAUGUUUCAAUAAUGAACAAGGAUGUUUCAACCAUGAACAAGGAAGUUUCACUAAAUGUGACAACCAGACAAAAAGGUAGCAGCGAAAUGACUGAAAAAAAUAUCAAAAGUUUCUUGGAGGUUUCUUCCAAUUGUUUGUCGAAGAUCCCAGAUAUCAUGAGCCCUAAUCCUGAUACCAGCCAGAUGAUUUCAGUAUCGGAUAUCAAGACGUCUGCUGACCGCUUGGAGCUGGUUGGGGGAGUCCCCGGGCUGUUGGCUCACAUGCAGCGCGAUGGCGUAACACCUGAUAUAAAGACGUUGACUAUUCUGUUAGAUGUGAUGCCAUCUGAUACUCGUGUGGAAGAGAUGCUCGUUGCGACAUUGGGAGAUUUGAAAGUCGUCCCAGAUACGGGAUUCUUCAAUAUCUUGAUGAGGAAACGUGUUUUCAGACAAGACUAUUUGACAGCUAGGUCAGUACUAGACCAUUUAGUCACCUUUAACCUGGCACCUGAUAUAAAGACGUUUGCUAUCUUUGCCCUAACAUGCCGCAAGAAGAAAGAGGCAUUUGUAUUGUUGAAUGAUAUGCAGAACAUUGGCAUUGAGCCCACCCCUGAGGUGAUGGGUCACUUUUCUCGGGCUUCUAACAUGGACUUCGACUACAUGCUGGCAAUCAUAAUCUACAUGAGUAAACAUGGCAUAAAACCCAACGAACAGUUCCUCCGAUUGACAGAGAAAAGAAUCAAGCAAGCAAAGAGGUUUAUAGUUGAAAAGGAACGAGGAGGAGACGUCCCGUAUUAUGCAAGAUCUGAUCGUUUCGACACUGAAUUUGGCGAUUUCUUGAAGAACUACAGGACGUGGUUAAUGGUAAUGGAUGUCCAGCGUCCAGAUCCUUAUUGGAAAAUGUUCAAAGAUCGCGACGAGGCCGUGGAAGAGAAGAAACGUAGGGCGGAAGACAUGAAGAAAUCGGUGUACUUCAGGGCGGAUGCAACUGCGAGUGAAUUGUGAGCGGACAUAUCUUGAGAAUCUAUAAACUAAAUUGUUGUGGUUUGCAUGAGAUUACUUGACCGUGCAAAUGAAAUGUGACAGGCCGAGCUGUGGCUGAGUAUUUGCUCAACUCUUGAGUGUAUUUUGGAUGGGUAUGAUGCAAAAGUCUGUCACUCAACCGGACAAUCAUCAUGGAAAUUCGAAUAGUGUUAUUCGAGGAAUGAUUAUGUGUUUGGGAAUACUGAAAGCUGUGCAUGGCUUAAUCAUGGUAUCCUCAAAUGUGGUGCGCAUUUCAGGGCUCGAAAACUAGUGAACUUUAAAAACAGCCCUGAAAUAUACUGAAUGUUUCUGUGAUUGUUUUGAAUAAAAGUUUA